AUGAAGUACACUGCUGCUCUCGUCGCUGCCGCCGUCGGCGCCAACGCCUUCUCCAACGUCACCUACGUCACCGAGGUCGUGAGCGCGUACACAACCUACUGCCCUGCGCCUACUGAGAUCACUCACGGCACCCAGACGUACACGGUCACUGCUGUAAGGAUACCCAAGCAUCCCAGAGCCUCCUCAGAGGGAGCAGAAUCAGGCAUCUCGUACCUUACGUCGCACAAAACGCAUGGUCACUCGCCCACCACCCUGACCAUCACCAACUGCCCCUGCACCGUCGUCAAGCCCGUGACUACCACACCUGCCGUAGUCUGCACCACCUGCACCGCCUCCGCCCCCGUCAACUUCCCCAACACGACGGUUGCGUCCCCCACUGGCGGUGUCGUUCCGACCAAGUCUGGCGACGUCGUCCCUACCGCUGGUGCCGGCAAGGCUGCCGCCCUCUCCGGCGCUGGUCUGGCCGGUGUUGUCGGUCUUGCUGCUUUCAUCCUGUAA